AAUCAGUUACUGAGAAGAUUCCGAGUAGAUCACACGUUCGUAAAGUUGUAACGGAAAACAUUUUAAAUUUUUUCUUUACCAAAAAAAAAAAAAAACAUAUUUUUUGUCUAAUCGAAAAGAAAACAAAAAAAAAACGUUAAACACACAAAAAUUACAAACAAGAUCUACUCCAGUUACAAAGAAAGUAAAAAGUGUAUUAAGCAAAUAUUUACAAAAGCAAAAGAAAAAAAAACAAACAACGACAGAUUAUUACCACAAAAAUAAAAAAACGUUACGUUCGUUGCCUCACACAUUUUGGAUUACGGUUACGGGCUUCGUUCGCUCAUCUUCAGCCAGAAAACAAAAAGAAAAAUAAUAAAGUCAAAUAAAAUCGCUAUGGACGUUCACAUUGCUAUGUGAGGUUGAAAACAAAAAAGUAAAUGAAGAAUACGAUAAAAGCAGUGCUUGAAGAAUAAGUGAAGCAAAGAAAAAUCUGUGAAAUUUGAUAAUCAGUUUUCUCGAACAAAUGGAAACACAAAAAUGAAGAAUUCCAAAGAACUAAAAUCGUAAUCAAAGUUAAGUGCAACCAACAAAAAAUCGCCACUCAUCUCAUCGCAAACGUUGCUACACCGACACAUCACGCCAGCAUCAUUCAUCGCCACAACAGAUACCCCCCACCAAAUUGCGUUAAGAUGGCUCUUAUAUCGAAAACCAUCUUAUCGGUGCUCAUCUCAUUCAUCAUUCCGGUACUCGGUGCUGCAUUGAGCAAGACGGUCUUGUACCAGGCGCCCGACGAGUGUCGUUGGUCCGGGGCCAACGAAAUCGACAUUACCUUGGUGUGCCACUUGCGCACCAUCAACUCGGAAUUGGAAAACACAAACUUCAGUGUCAUACAACCACAGAAUACGAUUCGGUUGCGACUCGAGUGCAACGAUGCUCUGUUCUUCCAGAGCACCCUGAGUCCGGAUAGUUUCCGAUCGCUCGUGGAGUUGCGUGCUCUUACGAUUGAGUACUGCAAACUCGGAAAUCUAACCGACGGUUCGUUUCGGGGUCUGCAGGACUUGCGCAAUCUGACCAUUCGCACCCACAACGGCGAUUGGUCGACAAUGUCUCUGGACAUAUCGCCCACCAGCUUCAGUGAAUUCCGCCAAUUAGAUCGUCUUGACCUGAGUCUCAACAAUAUUUGGCUGAUUCCCGAUGGCAUGAUCUGCCCCCUGAAAGUACUGAAGCACCUGAACAUCUCCCACAACGAAAUCCAAGAUAUAAGCAAUUUUCACUUCAGUGCCUCGCUCAGCACACGCAAAUCUCGCAUUUGCGGUUCGUCCCUGAACAGCAUCGAUUUGAGUCACAAUAAAAUCGCAAAUCUUCCAUCGGCCAUAUUCUCCGGGUUGGGUCGUCUCGUCAACCUGAAUUUGGCUCGCAAUGGUAUGAACUUUAUUGCCGACCGUGCCUUCGAAGGACUUGUAUCGCUGCAAGUCGUUGACUUGUCAGAGAAUCGUCUGACUUCUCUGCCGCCAGAACUUUUCUCGGAGGCCGAGUUUGUCAAGGAGAUCUACUUGAAGAAUAACAGCAUCAAUGUCCUGGCCCCAGGAUUGUUCAGUGAAUUGUCUGACUUGCUCGUCUUGGACAUGUCUGCCAACGAACUCAACUCUCAAUGGGUGAACUCGGCCACCUUUGUCGGUCUCAAACGUCUUGUGUUGCUCGAUCUGUCCGCCAAUAAGAUCAGCAAAUUGGAGGCCAAUCUCUUCCGCUCGCUGACAAGCCUACAAGUACUUAAGCUGGAGGAGAACUACAUCGAUCACAUUCCCGAUGGUGCUUUCACUGAUUUGACCAACUUGCACACAUUGAUUUUGUCGAACAACCGCAUUUCCACCAUUGGGCCAAAUACGUUCCGCGGCUUAUAUGGCAUUCUGGUGCUCAGCUUGGAUUACAAUCGCAUCUCGAAAAUAGACACGCAAGCCUUGAAGAACUGCUCCAGCAUACAGGACCUACAUUUGAAUGGCAACAAGCUGCAGACCAUACCAGAUGCUCUCUCCUAUGUGCCAUUGCUGAAAACACUCGAUUUGGGUGAAAACUUGAUCACGAGCAUCGAAAACACCUCCAUUACUGCCAUGGAAAACCUGUACGGCCUGCGUCUCACCGAGAACGCCAUCGACUACAUCCGCCGUGGUGUGUUCGAUCGCAUGACUUCAUUGCAAAUAUUAAAUUUGUCUGGCAACAAAAUCAAAGGCAUCGAAGCCGGUGCCUUGCACCGCAACACUCAGCUGCAGGCCAUUCGCUUGGAUAGCAAUCAUUUGAAAAACAUUGCGGGACUUUUCACCGACUUGCCAAAUUUGGUUUGGCUUAACAUUUCGGACAAUCGCCUGGAGAAAUUUGACUAUUCGCACAUUCCCACUGGUUUGCAGUGGCUGGAUGUUCGCGCCAACCGCAUUGCCCAAUUGGGUAACUAUUUUGAAAUUGAGAACGAAUUGAGUCUGACGACGUUCGAUGCCAGCUCCAACUUGCUUAGCGAAAUCACAGCCGGCUCCAUACCGAACAGCAUUGAGGUGUUGUAUUUGAACGACAAUCUCAUUGGAAAAAUCCAGCCAUACACUUUCUUCAAGAAGCCAAACCUCACCAGGGUGGAUCUGAUUCGCAACAAACUGACAACCCUUGAGCCCAAUGCCCUGCGCCUUUCUCCCAUCCCCGAGGAUCGCGACAUCCCUGAGUUUUUCAUCGGCCACAAUCCCUUCCAGUGCGAUUGCAAUCUCGACUGGCUGCAAAAGGUGAACACGGAGACGCGCACGCAGCCCAAACUCAUGGACUUAGAUCAGAUCUACUGCAAAUUGUCCUACGCACGCGGCAAGACCCAUGUUCCCCUCAUUGAGGCCAAAACCAGCGACUUCUUGUGCAAAUACGAAACCCACUGCUUCGCCCUGUGUCACUGCUGUGACUUCUAUGCCUGCGAUUGUAAAAUGGAGUGCCCCGACCGUUGUUCCUGCUACCACGACCAGUCAUGGACCUCAAACGUGGUUGACUGUUCGCGUUCCGGCUACGAUCGUGAACUGCCAUCACACAUACCCAUGGACUCCACACAGCUGUAUUUGGAUGGCAACAACUUCAAAGAAUUGUCAAGUCAUGCUUUCAUUGGUCGCAAGCGCUUGAAGGUUUUGCAUUUGAAUCACUCGCGCAUUGAGUUCGUCCACAACCGCACAUUCUACGGCCUGUUGGAGCUGGAAGUGCUGCAGCUGAACCAUAACAAUUUGCGCCACCUGAAUGGAAACGAAUUCCAAGGUCUUGACAACUUGCAAGAACUUUAUCUACAACACAACUCGAUUGCCAGCAUCGAUUCGCUGACAUUUACGCAUCUCUACCAUUUGAAAAUCUUGCGUCUAGAUCACAAUCUGAUCACUGAGUUUGCUGUGUGGAACUUCUUGCCUCCGUACCUCAAUGAGCUGCGCCUAACUGGUAAUCCCUGGUCAUGCAAUUGUGGCUUCGUGGACAAGUUCCGUGACUACAUCAACCGCCACGAAGCUGUUCUAGAGAAGCCAAAGUUGCGCUGCUCCGCCUUAGCUGGCUCCAACGGCACCGUGGGUAUCAACACAACAGCGCUCACGCAACAACCAAUCGAACAGUUUGCCCUUUACCUCAGCCCGGAAGUUCUGAAAGAUACCACCAUUCGCUAUUUGGUUUGCGGCGGUGUCCAGCAGCAGCAGUUGCUGGGAGUCAAUGGCGCCGCCGACAUCAAUGAUAACAUCAUCAACGGCAACAUGACCUCCACCAAAAUGAUUCUGUCACAGCCACCCAUGCAUGACUACGUGCCGAUUCUUGUGGCCAUACUGACCGGAUUUGUGUUUGUGAUCAUCUGCACCAUGUUGGUGUUCAUCUUCAGACAGGAAAUGCGAGUUUGGUGUCAUUCGCGCUUUGGUGUUCGCCUCUUCUACAACGGCAACAAAGAUAUGGACAAGAAUGAACGGGAAAAGCUCUUCGAUGCCUUCAUUUCGUACAGCUCCAAGGACGAAGCUUUUGUGACGGAGGAGUUGGCUCCACUGCUGGAACAGGGUGAGACCCGCUACAAGCUGUGCCUGCAAAGUCGUGAUUUCCCCGUUGGUGGUUACAUGUCGGAUGCAAUUGUUCAGGCUAUCGAUACAUCGCGAAGAACGAUCAUGAUUUUGUCGGAGAAUUUCAUCAAAUCGGAAUGGUGCCGCUUUGAGUUCAAGUCUGCCCAUCAGUCGGUGCUGCGCGACAGAAGAAGACGUUUGAUUGUCAUUGUCCUAGGAGAGGUUCCCCAAAAAGACCUCGAUCCCGAUCUACGCUUGUAUCUGAAGACAAACACCUUCCUGCAAUGGGGCGACAAGCUGUUCUGGGAAAAAUUGAGAUUCGCCCUGCCCGAUGUACCCAAUAAUCAGCGGCGGCCUCAUGGUGUUGGCGGCCACUGCACAGGUGUCGGUGUCCAUAUGCCCAUGGCCCCACAUCAUCAUCAUAUGCAAACUCAUCACCUGCAUCACAUGCAUCCCCAAGCCCAACUGCAGCAACACCACCUGCAACAUGCCAGUUUCCGUUCGCAGAUGCACCACAACAUCAAUGGCAGCAGGCAGAAUCACAAUCGAAACACCCCCCAACCACCACAACAAUCGACAGUCUUGAUGGGUCCUCCUUGCCAGAAUAUGCCGCCACAGCAGCAACAGCCGUUACCUCUGCCACCCAGCGCCGGUGGUCAAAGCAGUAUCCAACAUCAGAGUCUACCACUACCGCCCUGUCCCAGUCCACGUAGUGCCACAACGCAGUCUUCAAUAGGAGGUGCCUCCACGAAUUCCGGAAGAUCUGUAGCGGUGCAUAUUUAACUUAAGGGUACUACUACAUCGAAUAGGUACGAGUGUAAGUGUGAUGGGCCAGAGCAGAUAGAAAAUAGAUGAAGAAUAAGAAGAAGCAAAAGAAUGAUCGACCAUUUUGCCAAAUUUCCAAACGAAGUUGGGGUUUUGUUAGCUAUGCCGUGACAUUGAUCUUUUCCAGUCAUCACUGCCACCGCUAUUCAUUUCCCCAUUCUCCCAGCCGUUAGUAAGUUCGUUCGGUCGGGCCCUACAUUCUGUUCGUCCGCCCCAGUCAAUCAUUUUAAAUGACCAUUUUGAAUUUGUAUCUCUGCCUCGUUAAAACAAGAGGUUUUUAUUUCACGUUUUUUUAUGAUUUUCCUCUUGAGGUGAGUUAUUCGAGUUUGCUACGAAGAAAACGAACGAAAGAAAACACGUUAAUGGGGAACGGAAAACCUAUUACAAUAACAGGCUGAUAAACUUGAGACCACGAGUGACGGUCGGUCGGUCGGGGAGAGACUGACUGACAGGAAGAGAAAGACAAACGUGCAUCAAGGUACAAACAAGCUACAAAAUUAUGGAGGUAAUGAAGGAGAUGGCCAAAUAAUAUGCCAAGCCAGGAUGGGCGGAAGAGGAGGGGAGGAUGACAGCGAAAACGACAACCAUAAAGAACCUUUUGGCACAAUGGUAAUGCCAACAACAAGCGUAGCAAACGAGCCAAGAUGCAAAUGAGCUGCUGCUCCUGCCGCUGCUGCUGCUGCUGAUAUUGCCAAAGACGGUGCAGUCCGUUGCCUUUUUGCCACAAUUGACACGGCAUGCAUUUUGCAUUUUGGUGUGCUUGUUGCGCUUUGCGGUGAAAUUAUUGAGCUCGAAACGCGUUUGUUUGUUGCCUCUUUAACGGCGACGGUGACGUUUACUUGAGUUUUCGUCUUCGCCUUGGUCGUUGUUUUCGUUGUUUCCUUUUCCACCUUGUAAUGAUUCAGAAAAUUGAUGUUGCAUGCUACGAUGGCAGGCAACUGCAACAACAACAAAAUGUUCGGCUCACAAUGUAGUCUGAGUGAGUAGGUGACGGACGGGUGGGGAGAAGUAGAGUGGGGCCGUGAGGACGGGUUAAGCAAAACAAAAACCGGCAAACAAUCCUCAGACAUGUUUUGCACAUCACACUCCACUACCAAACACACAUCACUCGGUCAGACCAACCAACCAACCUACCAACAGACUGAACGACCGACCGAACAACUGAUCAACUCAAGCAGGCAACAUAACAUGCAAACUAUCGAACGCCAGACAGAGUCUGCAACUCCAGCAAAAACCUGACGUUUUUCGUCUUGGCGGUCACUAAACGACAGUCGACGGACAUUGUUGAAUUUGUGCUCCCCAUAGGAAACGGGCGGCCGGGCGGGCAGUAGGGUUUGUCUGCAACGACGACGACGACGGAAAACAAAUGGAAAUGAAAGAGAAAAAAUGAGGACAGCAAUGCAGCAUUUCGGUUUUUACGGCAUCGUACAACCAAAACUAUUCGAAUGUGGCAGCAACAACAGCAACCAAAAUAGAUUUCCUUGCCUUUCUUUCUGUCUGUCGUUGAGGCUGAAUUCUCUACGCCAACAAAAACAAAUUGCUACAUGUGUUGCACAGCCCAACCGGGUGUAUUGCACUUCUAGACGCCGGGAGAAAGGCCAACGACAGAAAUUGCAAAUGCUUUCUAAACGUUUUCCUUUUUUUCUCCUUCAUUUCGUUGGGCCAAACAUGAAAUGGGUGAUUUGUUUUUUUGAGUUCUUUUUCGUUUCGUUUUUUGGCAGAGUGAGUGGUCAUCUUUUUUACUUCGACUUUGAAACAAAUCGAAUUGAAGACAUUCCAAGAAUCUUAAAAGGGGUCAUUGUAAAUAGGUAGGAGACACACACACACACUCUCACACAACCAUACAUAGCCAGUCAGAUUGCCAACCAGCCAGCUAACAAGUGAGCAAGACUAACUAAUUAAGAUGUUGAACAAAUUAUUGUUGUUUUUCAAAAUCAAUGAAAAAAUGUGAUAUAAAUGUUAAAUUUAAGUUAGAGCCCUAAACUAAAUCUAGAGAAUUAAGUCCAUACCACAUAACGUUAAUUGUAUUUUCCUAAUCACUGCUGUAUAUUGUAAAUGGAGACACCACCACUACUACUAACACUUAGCCAGCUAGAUUAAGUGCAGCCUAUCAGCCAGUCAGUAGAGAAUUUGCGAAUAUUUGUAAAUAGAAUCGAAAGGUACUUAAAUCUGCUCCAUACAACAGCACCUCCGAUUGAAACUGAACAAACAGCCAGCCAUAUAUAUUUUUUAUUUAAUUUAUGAUUCUCGAAUCGAAUACCACUGAAAUAACGACUCGAAUGCGAUUUUGUGCAUCCCAUUCUCUCUCUCUUUCUCUCAAAACCGAGUAUUUUAUUCAAAUGUAUUUUAUGUGUUAUAAAUAGUGACUGAUUAUAUGUAUAAGCUAGUUUUGUAAAUAUUUGUAUAUUUCGAGCCAACAACUAUCCCACCCUCCCCGUUCUCUGUCAAUCCCCUGAAAAUAGCUUGUAAAAUAUUGUAUUAAUUUAUUGUGUGUAUUAUUUGUUUUAUUUGUACUUUUUCCUAAGCGAGUCUAGCAAUUAAGUAGAAUUAAUUAAUUUUUUUUAUACUCAGUAAGUUUUAAAAGAACCAUAGUCGUAUGCGAUGUGAAGAAGCGAACGAAUAUCUUAUUGAAAACAAACAACAAAAGACAAUAAAAUAAAAAAAUAUAAAAACAAAUAUUUAAAAAUAUUAAAACAAAA